UCUCUCUUACAUAAAUUAAGGUAACCUUCAAUCUUUCCCAUUUCUCGUUAUUCAGACACUCAUCAAAAAAUUUAAAGUUACAAAAAAAAAAAAAAAAAAAACAAAAGAAAAUCAAGAAUGGCUUUCCCGGAGAACAACCCAUCACGGCAAUCAUUGAUCCCAAGUUAUCUCUACUCCUACCCUCCGAAUUCGAGCCGGUCGGUGAAUUCAUCUGCAGCGCCGCCAUCAAGGGCCGCCGGUACAGGGCGGAAUUUCUUGAUCCCGGCGCCGAAGGAGAGCAGGGUUGAGUUGUUCUCGCCGGCGUAUUACGCGGCGUGUACGGCCGGAGGAAUAUUGAGCUGCGGCCUCACUCAUAUGACCGUCACCCCACUCGAUCUCGUCAAGUGCAACAUGCAGAUAGAUCCCGCGAAAUACAAGAGCAUUUCGUCGGGUUUCGGAGUACUUCUAAAGGAGCAAGGGGUGAAAGGUUUCUUCCGGGGGUGGGCCCCCACUCUAAUCGGAUACAGCGCGCAAGGAGCAUGCAAAUUCGGAUUCUACGAAUAUUUCAAAAAGUACUACUCCGAUAUCGCGGGCCCCGAGAAUGCAGCUAAAUACAAGACGUUGAUUUUCCUAGCGGGGUCCGCGUCCGCGGAAUUCAUUGCUGACGUGGCGCUGUGCCCGUUUGAGGCUGUUAAGGUUCGUGUCCAAACGCAACCUGGCUUUGCUAGAGGCUUGUCCGAUGGGUUUCCCAAGUUUAUUAAGGCCGAAGGAGCUUCAGGGCUUUACAAGGGGAUUGUUCCGCUUUGGGGACGACAGAUUCCAUAUACAAUGAUGAAAUUCGCCACGUUCGAGAACAUAGUCGAGGCAAUUUACAAAUACGCCAUUCCAUCUCCAAAGGACCAAUGCAGCAAGAACUUGCAGCUCGGAGUUAGUUUCGCCGGUGGAUACGUGGCCGGCGUAUUUUGUGCUAUCGUUUCGCACCCUGCCGAUAAUUUGGUCUCUUUCCUUAACAAUGCCAAAGGAGCAACCGUCGGCGAUGCGGUAAAAAAGCUAGGGUUAGUGGGACUGUGUACCCGAGGCCUCCCUCUCCGUAUUGUGAUGAUCGGUACUCUCACUGGAGCACAAUGGGGUAUCUAUGAUGCUUUCAAAGUUUCUGUUGGCCUGCCUACUACUGGUGGUGGGAGUUCUGCUCCUGCACAAAAAUGAGGAGAGAGAAAGUUAUUUCUCCAAUUGUAUUAUUUUUUUUUCCCGCCAUGUUUCUUAAGCAAUAAAGGUGGUGGUUGAGCAAAAGAAUGGUUAGUAGAUUAAGUUUUGUAGCUGGGUUUUAUGUUUUAACUGUUUUGUAAUUUUUGUUUAAAUUUUAUUGCAAAUUGGUAAUGCUCGAGUGAAGCUCGACACCGGCAAGUAAGCCUCGGUUCAUGUAGCAGUGCGAAUUUUUCGUAAAAAUAAACUGAAUUCAGAAGAUGUGUAUA